GGAUUCCUAAGGAGAAAUGUUUUGAAAUUUGAGUGCUCAUAAAGUGGGCCGCGCAUCCGUAAAUUUUUUUGGGCUUGUCAGUGUUAAAAAGAAAUAAGGGAAAAUUUGAGUAGAAGAUGAAGGGGAAGGGAAGGAAAAGAAGGAAGAAAAGGAUGGAAAGGAAGAGAAAAUGGAGAAGAAAUAGGGUUAGGGUUUUGGAUGGCGACUGGCGAGUGUAGAGAGAAUGAAGACGAGGGUGUUUUGGUUAUUUAAAAUUAUUUAAAAAAGAAAAAGGGGUGGAUGCGAGAGAAAGCUUUGAGGUCCAUUUCUCUCAAACAAGUGACACGACACAUUAGCGGAAAUUAGGGAAGACCACUAUAGCCUACAAAGCCGCAUGGUCAAGGACAUAGAUAAAUGUCACUGAAAUUCAGAGCCUGUGAUGGAAUUCCAGAGUAGACAUGGGUAGCUACUAAUUACAAUCAGAUUGUGUUACAAAUUAGAUUAUUCAUUCCUCUCAAAUGAAAAUCUUCAGAGUUGUCAGUCACAAAAGAACCUUGCUAGGGUUUAAGAGAAGCUUCAGUACAGAACCAGAACUGAAGGACUUUUUAAACUACUUGGACAAUCUCAAAAACUAUGAGAAAUGUGGUGUCCCCAAAGAUGCAGGCACAGACUCAAGCCAUGGCUUUGAUCUGGGCCGCAUGAACCGGUUGAUGGAUCGGCUUGGUAACCCUGAGACAGGGUUUAAGGCUGUUCACAUUGCUGGGACCAAAGGAAAAGGGUCAACUGCUGCAUUUCUUGCCAAUAUUUUACGGACAGAAGGUUAUGCUGUUGGUUGUUAUACUAGCCCACAUGUUCGGACUAUCAGAGAGCGUAUAUCACUGGGAAAAUUAGGUGAACCGGUCUCAGCAAAGGCAUUGAAUUGUUUGUUCCAUAGGAUUAAGCCAAUCCUUGACGAGGCAGUGGCACUUGAAAAUGGGCGUUUGAGUCAUUUUGAGAUUCUUACUGCAAUGGCGUUCAAGCUUUUUGCUCAAGAGAAUGUUGAUGUUGCAGUUAUUGAGGCUGGACUGGGGGGAGCACGGGAUGCGACAAACAUAAUUUCUAGUUCUGGACUAGCUGCAGCAGUUAUAACAACAAUAGGGGAGGAACAUUUGGCUGCACUAGGGGGUUCCCUGGAAAGCAUUGCAAUGGCAAAGUCAGGAAUAAUCAAACAAGGUUGCCCAGUUAGGUGGUUCUCCCUGCAUAUUUACUCUGCACUUUGGUUGGUGCUGGGGGGCCCAUUCCUUCCACAUAUUGAACACAUUUUUCUUGACAAAGCAUCCUCAAUGUGUUCUCCUGUAGUAUCAGCAUCUGGACCUGGAAAUAGAAGUGCUGUAAAAGGAGUUAGCAAAUCCAAUGGAAAACCUUUCCAAUCUUGUGAUAUAGUGAUAGAAGUUGAGAGGGACUUUAAAUUGUUCAUCGAGUUAUUUGACGUGAAACUACAGAUGCUUGGAAUUCACCAACUUCAAAAUGCUGCAACUGCCACUUGUGUGGCACUGUGCUUGCGUGAUAAAGGAUGGAGAAUUUCAGAUGAAUCCAUUCAUGCUGGUCUAGAGCAUGCCUAUUUGCUUGGGAGAAGUCAGUUUCUAACAUCUACAGAAGCUGAGACAUUAGGGCUACCUGGAGCAACCAUAAUGCUUGAUGGAGCUCACACCAAAGAAUCUGCUAAAGCUUUGGUGGACACUAUUCAAAUGACAUUUCCAGAGGCACGAUUGGCUCUUAUUGUUGCAAUGGCAAGUGACAAAGACCAUAUGGCUUUUGCAAGAGAAUUUCUUUCAGGUGGACAAUUAGAGGCUGUCUUUCUAACAGAGGUCAACAUUGCUGGAGCAAAAUCUCGAACAACUUCUGCUUCCAUGUUAAGAGAUUGUUGGAUCCAAGCUUCCAAGGAACUGGGCAUCAAUACUCUUCAUGAUGGAAUGGAAGAAUACCAGAAGUUGUUUGAGAAUCAAUCAUUCUGCUCUGCAGGGGAAUCAAAACAUAAAACCAUACUGGCUGCUGAGAAUUCAUUACUAGUUUCCUUGAGGGUUGGAAAUCAGAUUCUGAGAGCAAGGACCAGAGACCAAACUAGUAUAAUUGUAAUCACAGGAUCUCUGCAUAUUGUUUCGACGGUAUUAUCCUCUCUCCUUGGUUAAGUUGCUUCCUUCUUGCUGCGAUGAUUUCUAUCCAUCUUCUCCUAUUCAAUCUGAUCCAUUGGCAACAUGGAAUAUUAGAUUUUGUGCUUUACACAUAAGGGUCCUAGUCUGAUCAUCUUUGAUCAUUCGUGGGGUGCAUGAAUUUAUUUGUAUCCAUAUCUUCAUGUUGUGCUUCUCUUUUGAGACUGGAACAACAUAUAUAGAUUUUGCCUUUUGGUUUCUUCUGAGAAAAACUAGUACAUGUUCUUACAGAAUCCCCACAGCGAUGGAAAUAAUACUUUUGAAAUGAUAUGAACAUCACAAUUUCAUUGGAUUGAA